AUGAAGUUGCCUAAAUCCGUAAAAGCCUAUAUUGCUGAAAGUCAACCUACCAAAGAUCAAAACCAAGAUUGUACACUACUUGGAAUAUUGCCCGAAAUCCCGGAAGGAUUCAAAUACGUUGCUGGAAAACCACUGAUAGAUCCAUGCCCUGGACUAUGCAUACCAUUUGAUAUUACUAAGGAUGCAAAAGGAUAA